AUGGCGUCCGCUAUACGCCUCGCAGGGUCCCAUCUUCGUGAACUACGCAUUCAUCUUUGUCAGAAGAGUUCUGCUUCAGCUGGUGUACGUGCUUUCAUCGAAAAUGACUAUGUUAGCUUGAAGAAGGCGAAUCCACAGUUCCCGAUCCUCAUUCGGGAAUGUUCCGGAAUUGUUCCCCGUGUUUUUGCGAGGUAUUCAAAUAACUUUAUUGCAUUUAUAAUUUUUUACCUUUUAAUUUGA